UGGAGUGUUCCCCAUGAAAGUAAUGGCAUCCAACAAGAACCUCCCUCAUUCAGCUAAUGCCUCAGUGGACAUCAACCUCCUUGAAGGAGUGGACAUCGCCAUCAUCCAGGGACCUUUGUUUGUUCCCAGUGGAGAAGUUAUCGUCUUUACCUUGGCUAACCACACAGGUUGGUGUUUAACGUGAUAGGUCGGUGUUGUCGAAUGUCGUCUUUACCUUGGCUAACCACACAGGUUGGUGUUUAACGUAAUAGGUCGGUGUUGUCGAAUGUCGUCUUUACCUUGGCUAACCACACAGCUUGGUGUUUAACGUGAUAGGUCGGUGUUGUCGAAUGUCGUCUUUACCUUGGCUAACCACACAGGUUGGUGUUUAAUGUAAUAGGUCGGUGUUGUCGAAUGUCGUCUUUACCUUGGAUAACCACACAGCUUGGUGUUUAACGUGAUAGGUCGGUGUUGUCGAUGUCGUCUUUACCUUGGCUAGCCACACAGGUUGGUGUUUAACGUGAUAGGUUGGUUUUGUCGAAUGUCGUCUUUACCUUGGCUAACCACACAGGUUGGUGUUUAACGUAAUAGGUCAGUGUUGUUGAAUGUCGUCUUUACCUUAGCUAACGACACAGGUUAGUGUUUAACGUAAUAGGUCGGUUUUGUCGAAUGUCGUCUUUACCUUGGCUUACCACACAGGUUGGUGUUUAACGUGAUAGGUCGGUGUUGUUGAAUGUCGUCUUUACCUUGGCUAACCACACAGGUUGGUGUUUAACGUGAUAAGUCGGUUUUGUCGAAUGUCGUCUUUACCUUGGCUAACCACACAGGUUGGUGUUUAACGUGAUAGGUCGGUGUUGUCGAAUGUCGUCUUUACCUUGGCGAACCACACAGGUUGGUGUUUAACGUGAUAGGUCGGUGUUCACGAAUGUCGUCUUUACCUUGGCUAACCACACAGGUUGGUGUUUAACGUGAUAGGUCGGUGUUGUCGAAUGUCGUCUUUACCUUGGCUAACCACACAGGUUGGUGUUUAACGUGACAGGUCGUCGUUGUUGAAUGUCGUCUUUACCUUGGCUAACCAAACAGGUUGGUGUUUAACGUAAUAGGUCGGUGUUGUCGAAUGUCGUCUUUACCUUGGCUAACCACACAGGUUAGUGUUUAACGUGAUAGGUCGGUGUUGUCGUAUGUCGUCUUUACCUUGGCUAACCACACAGGUUUGUAUUUAACGGGAUAGGUCGGUUUUGUCGAAUGUCGUCUUUACCUUGGCUAACCACACAAGUUGGUUUUUAACGUGAUAGGUCGGUGUUGUCGAAUGUCGUCUUUACCUUAGCUAACCACACAGGUUGGUGUUUAACGUGAUAGGUCGGUGUUGUCGAAUGUCGUCUUUACCUUAGCUAACCACACAGGUUGGUGUUUAACGUGAUAGUUUGGUGUUGUCGAAUGUCGUCUUUACCUUAGCUAACCACACAGGUUAGUGUUUAAUGUGAUAGGUCGGUGUUGUCGAUUAUUAAAUGUAAAUGUCCUGAUGGGACAGGCUGCUAACUUAAAACUUAGAGAUGGGUAAAAGUGACGAAAAAAUUAAUAUCAAUUUGUUUUAGUUGAUGCCACGCUAUGAAUGUUAUUUAUUGAUUCUUGUUAUGGCUAUACUUUGAAUCAUGGUGGCAUGAUGGCCCGAGUGCAGGACAACGGUCAGUCAUCUCAAGCAUUCCCCGUCACAACAGUGUGUAGCAGGGCUGUGUCCUUCCACUCACACUCUUCAGUAAAAUGUAUUCUACAAUGCUGUCUAAUGCAUUCAAGGACUCCACCACGGGCUUGCCAAUCCAGUUUCGCGAUGAUGGAUCAGUAUUCAACCUUAGGAGGCUUCAAGCUAAAACCAAGGUCAAACAUACCACGAUCAACGAGCUUCUGUUUGCAGACGAGUGUGCCCUAAAUUGCUGUCUCAGAAGCCAUCAUGCAACCUAGCGUUGAUAUCUUCUCUGAGGCCUGCAAUAACUUUGGCCUCACAAUCAACACAAAGAAGACUGAGGUGAUGUAUAAGCCAGCUCCCACUAAGCCUUACGUUGAACUCAACAUCAUCAUCAGCGGACAGCGUCUCAACCCGGUGGAUAAAUUUACUUACUUGGGCAGCAGCCUCUCCAGAUCUGUCGUCAUGGAUGAUGAAAUGAAUGGCCGACUCGCAAAAGCUAGUGCCAUAUUUGGCAGGCUCUGCAGCACUGUUUGGGACAGGAGAGGUAUCAGACGAGGAACGAAGCUCAAGGUCUAUAGCCUAGCAGUCCUCCCGACACUGCUUUAUGGAUGUGAAACGUGGACUGUCUACCAGCGUCACGCCAAGAAACUGAAUCAUUUUCACACUACCUGCCUCAGGAAACUCCUCGGCAUCAGUUGGCAAGACAAAGUCCAUGAAACAGAGGUCCUCACUAGAGUGAACCUACCUAGUAUCUUCACCACCUUGAUGCAGUCUCAACUCCGUUGGAUGGGGCACGCAGCCCGUAUGUACGACCACCUGCUCCCAAAUCAGAUAUUCUUCUAAGAACUCAAGAUAGGCAAGCGCUCCCAAGUAGGUAAAAAAAGCGUUACAAAGACUCACUGAAAGCGGCACUAAAUACCUUCAGCAUCAAACUACUCAAUGGGUGCAUAUAGCCCAGGACAGAGCCAGGUGGAGAGCAGCUGCCAAGAAAGGGGCUAAAUCCCAUGAAGCUAAUAGAAUAACCCCAGCUGAGACACGAAGGUUGGCCCGAAAGAGCAACAUUAGGUCGCCGUAAGCAGCAAAUAUCCCCUGCCCGCGGUGCCAGGGAUUAUUCCGAGCAUGGAUCGGUCUGGCAAGCCACCUACGAGCUCACCGUAACCCACCCUCCACCUAACCGGAUGAGUCGAUGGUUCUAGUUGAUUUCGACAGGUGUUUCUUCUCUGGGGCUGCCACACUCGGCGGCCAAUCGAGUGGAGGUCGAGUGUGGCGGUCUUAGGGGCGGAGCGUCCCUGGCGUGCCGCUUCGCGGCCCGAUCGGAAUAAAGACCACUGGGGGAGUGGUUGACGGCCGGUUUGGUUGGCGGGGUGGUGCGUUGGGGAGGACCAUAUGAGCCUCAAGGCUCGGUGUUCGCUGAUUUUCUUAAGUUAGUUAGUUAGUUGAUUUCGACGGACGAACUACAACAACACUUUGAAUGUGAUUUAUUGUUGUUUUUUUUUUGUGGCUACACUUUGAACGUGAUCAAUUUAAGACAUACUACUUUCCUUUAUUUCAGGUUCAAAUCUGAGCUAUUUUUGGAACAUCACGGAUGGAACUCCCGACUCGUUUCACCCCAACUUGACUCACUCAUUUACUAACCCAGGAACUUAUGACAUCAGCGUGGUCAUCUUUAACAUCGUCAGCGAUAAAUCCAACACGACGACAGUCAUUGUACAGAACAAGGUAAGUCCUUCGGUCAGAUUGUGGCCAUUUUAGACCGAUCCAGUGGUCAUUUUAGACAGAUCCAAUGGUCAUUUUAGACAGAUCUAUUUGUCCGUUUAGACAGAUCCAGUGGUCAUUUUAGACAGAUCCAAUUGUCAUUUGAAAAUUAUAGAGUGGAAAUUAUAGACACAUUCGGUUCAGGUCUCCUCUCAGAAAUAUUUCAUGAUUAUUUAAACAGUUUCAGACUGACACUUUUGUAACGUCAACCAUUUGUCAGUGAUGUAUUUCAAUGUAAUUUUCUAUUUCAAUAUCAUCUUUCUCUCGUCCCUUUAGAUCAUAGGACUGACCAUGACAGUUCAAGAUUCAGCUGUCAACACAGCGGUCCCGUUUACUCUUAGCCUGUCCGCUGGCACCAACUACACCUGUCAGCUAGACUACAACGACGGGACCCCUGUUUUGAUCACUGACAACACCUCGAUGCCUGUUGGCGCCCCUCUAAGAGUUACCCAUACGUACUCUAGUACCGGGGUAUACUCGGUUAUUAUCCUGUGUGAGAAUCAAGUAAGUUUUUUCAGGAUUGUACCCCGUCAUUCUGUCAUUCUCUUGUGUGAGAACAAGUAAGUUUUUUUCAGGAUUGUACCACCUGAUUGUCGUGUGUGAGAGUGAAGUAAAUUUGUUCAUGUUGUUUCAUUAUUUUAAAUGUUACUGGGAUUAUUUAACGACAGCAUUUUACUUGUAAAAAUAAAUGAUUAAAUUUUCAAUCGACAACUUCAAUUACAGGAAUGUUGAUUUGAUAACAAAGUGUUAAAAUGCUUAUGAUUGAUUCUCUGGAACGUACACAUAAUAAACUAUUGAGUUAGUACUCAGUAGAACGUACACAUAAUAAACUAUUGAGUUAGUACUCCGUAGAAUGUACACAUAAUAAACUAUUGAGUUAGUACUCUGUAGAAUGUACACAUCAUAAACUAUUGAGCUAGCACUUUUUUGUGGUCAAUUUAAUUGUGUGAUUGAUAUUCUCCAGUGACACAAGGUUUAUCACCCCUUGGUGCACUGAUUGCCCUUUGCCGCACUGCUUGCCCCUUGGUGCACUGCUUGCCCCUUAGUGCACUGCUUACAAAUUAUUAGACAAUCCAACACUAACUUUUAUUAUAAUUUAAAAUUUAUAACUUAUUGGUUUAAAACCUAUUGGUUUAUAACUAAUUGGUUUAUAAACUGGUCCAUAAAUUAUAGGCUAAAAAAAUAUUGGUUCAUAAAUUAGUCAAUACUUAUUGGUUCAUAAAUUGGUUCAUAACUUAUUUGUUCAUAAAUUGGUUCAUAACUUAUUGGUUCAUAAAUUGAUUCAUAACUUAUUGGUUCAUAAAUUGAUUCAUACCUUAUCGGGACAAAGAUUGAAAAAGGUGGGAGGAUGUAAGUGAUUAUACUUUGCACAUUGUCCUUAGCAACGUCACGGGACCAUAUCAACACAUUAUUUUAGUUUAUCGUAGAAAUAGAAAAUAAUCGAUUUCAAAAUUUCGCUCAAUACCUAAUACUUUUAUAUUGUAGGUGAGCAAAGAGAACGCGACCUUUGACCUGUACAUUCAGGAGCCAAUCACUAACCUCGAAUUGGUUCGCGAAGGUGCUCCUACCAAUGAACAAUUCGCCAUUGGCUGGACUGUUGACUCGGGCACCGAAAUUAACUUCACCGUGACAUUCAUCGGCCAACCCCUUAGCUUAAACCCAGCCAAGACUUCAACCUACUCAUGGGAAUCUCUGACCUUGCCUGGGAAAUCUGCUGCUGGCUACCCACUCCAGAUCACGGUAAGUGUUUUUCUUCCAUCUUUAUUUCAGAAUAAUUUUGUAGACGCUAAAGUGAAAAUGACUUGGACCUUUUAAUUGGUCAUUUGGUGAACACUCGUCUUGAACUCUAGUCAUAAUAUCAGACGUCUCGGGAUGAAGAAAUGUAUAAAUAAAUUCAAAUAUUGUUGUAUGGUGGUCCACUAACUGCUUGCUUGGUGGGCAACUAACUUCUUGCUUGGUGGUCCACUUACUUCUUGUAUGGUGGUCCACUAACUGCUUGCUUGGUGGUCAACUAACUUCUUGCUUGGUGGUCCACUUACUUCUUGUAUGGUGGUCCACUAACUGCUUGCUUGGUGGUCAACUAACUUCUUGCUUGGUGGUCCACUUACUUCUUGUAUGGUGGUCCACUAACUCCAUAUUUGGACGUCUUGUAAAAUCAUCCACUAAUGUCUUGUGGUCCACCAACGUCUUAUACGGUGGUCCGCUAACUUCUUGUAGGGUGGUCCACUAACUUCUAGAGUCAUUAACUUUGUAUUGUAUACCCACAACCCCCUCUAGGCGAACAACCGCAUCAGUUCCGCCAACAUCACCACCACUUUCAUCAUCAUGGACAAGAUUGUCAAUCCUUCACUUACUGUCGACCUGACCAAUGUGACCACAGAUGACCUCGUGACGUUCUCUGUCAACGUACAGAAGGGAUCCGAUGUCAGCGUUGUCAUACAAUUCCAAGAUGGCAGCCCCAACUAUAGUUGGUACACAGACCCACCCGGAGCCACUUGGCCGGGGCCUUUGAACUUGACCCACUAUUUCAUUAAUGGCUGUGUCUGCAAUGUCAAGGCCAUUAUUUCCAAUAAAGCAGGUCAGAUAACAAUGUUGAAUUUCUCAAUAGACAAACGUGACAUUCUGCCUCUUUAUAUUAUUGGCGGAAAAAACAUGUAUUCGAAUAUUGUAAUAAAACCUAAGUAUUCGAAAAUUGUAAUAAAAAACUAUGAAUUCGAAUAUUGUAAUAAAAGCUAAGUAUUCGAAAAUUGUAAUAAAAAACUAUGAAUUCGAAUAUUGUAAUAAAAGCUAAGUAUUCGAAAAUUGUAAUAAAAAACUAUGAAUUCGAAUAUUGUAAUAAAAGCUAAGUAUUCGAAAAUUGUAAUAAAAAACUAUGAAUUCGAAUAUUGUAAUAAAAGCUAAGUAUUCGAAAAUUGUAAUAAAAAACUAUGAAUUCCAUUAAAAUAUUUAUUUUUAAAACUCAGCCAUUUCCGAACAUGAAAAGUAUUCAUGGAUGCGGGCAAACAUUCCGUAGUGACUACACUGAUGCCAUUGCACAUCUACAGCAAACAUUUGAUGACAUGUUUGUUUGUUUGUUUGUUUGGUGUUUUUACUUCAAAGCACACAGAGCACCUUUUCAACUUGUUGCUGCUCCUUUCUCUUUUAAUGUGGAAGAUGCGCCCGUAACCCACCCCCCACCCCCCCCCACCCCCACUUGCGUUUAAAAAGGAGCUGAUUGGUCUUCAGUGCAAUUCUAAGUUCAGAGACUGAAAGGAGAAACAGACAAGCAUGUUAAAUUUAUGAGAGCAGUGCCCUCCACCUUCACUGAGAUCUCCAGGUUGCUCAAUCGGAUUAUGUGCCUCUUUGGGAGUACCUUUCUGUGUGAAAAUCUCUUUUCCCACUAUCAAAGUAAACAAGUCAAAGUUCAAGGCCAAACUUACUGAUGAGCAUCUUCAAGCUAUACUGAGGGUCUCCGUUGCUUCUCACUCAGGCGAAAUGUUGCUCAGCUGUGUAAGAAGAAGCGCUUCCAGGUCUCUGGCAACGAACAGUAGGAGGAAGAAAGUGAUGCCGAGUUCUUGAGAGCCCUUUAUGCUUUAUUUUGUUAUUAAUAAAGGUCCAGCAGAUUGUAACAGGUGCACUUUAUGGAAUUUGUACUCGCUUUUGCUUUACUUGAUGCGGCCCAGUCUCACUCAGACUCUACCUCCUGCGGCCCAGUCUCACUCAGACUCUACCUCCUGCAGCCCAGUCUCACUCAGACUCUACCUCCUGCGGCCCAGUCUCACUCAGACUCUACCUCCUGCGGCCCAGUCUCACUCAGACUCUACCUCCUGCGGCACCCGGAUGAUUUGAGUUUGAGACCCGUGAUCUAAAUCAAGAACUCUGCGCUGAAUAAAGAAUAUUGAUUUAUUACAAAUACCACAAUACAACUAAAAUUUUACUUCAAUAUUACUUCAAUAUUACUGCAAUAUUACUAAAAUAUUACUACAAUAUUACUACAAUAUUACAACAAUAUUACUACAAUAUUACUACAAUAUUACUACAAUAUUAUUAUUAUUGUUCGUCCGUCGAGGAUCGACGAGGACCAUCGAGUCGUCUGGUGACUGAUGACUUGCGCGGAUGACUUUGUUUAAAGUGAAGAAGAGUUGCGCGGCGUCUACCUCACUCUCUCGUCCGAGCCCACCAUAUCCAGUGGCAAGACUCUACGGCAACACGACCAGGGAUGGGUUCGGUUUCAGGAAUUGUCAUUGUUUGCGCCCAAUGGGACUCCAACUCCGGGUUUGAAUUCAGAGUUUCCUUCUCUUUGAUGAGUUGCCGACCAAGGUUAACGAGUCUUAUCCACCCGGGGUGAUGUUUUUACUACAAUAUUACUACAAUAAAACUACAAUAAUACUACAAUAUUACUACAAUAAAACUACAAUAAUACUACAAUAUCACUACAAUAAAACUACAAUAAUACUACAAUAUUACUACAAUAAAACUACAAUAAUACUACAAUAUUACUACAAUAAAACUACAAUAAUACUACAAUAUUACUACAAUAUUACUACAAUAUUACUGCAAUAUUACUACAAUAAUACUACAACAUUACUACAAUAUUACUACAUUAUUACUACAAUAUUAUUACAAUAUUACUACAAUAUUACUACAAUAUUACUACAAUAUUCUAGGGUUUAACAUCACGUCACCUCAAACACUAAUACUCACCAAAUAUCACCUUUAUUCUUCCCAUUAUUACCUUGAUCCCAGCCGAUAUUACCUUGACCCCACCCAUUAUUACCUUGAUCCCACCCAUUAUUACCUUGAUCCCAGCCGAUAUUACCUUGAUCCCACUCAUUAUUAUCUUGAUCCCCACCAUUAUUACCUUGAUCCCAACCAUUAUUACCUUGAUCCCAGCCGAUAUUACCUUGAUCCCACCCAUUAUUACCUUGAUCCCACCCAUUAUUACCUUGAUCCCAACCAUUAUUACAUUGAUCCCAGCCGAUAUUACCUUGAUCCCACCCAUUAUUACCUUGAUCCCACCCAUUAUUACCUUGAUCCCAGCCGAUAUUACCUUGAUCCCACUCAUUAUUAUCUUGAUCCCAACCAUUAUUACCUUGAUCCCAACCAUUAUUACCUUGAUCCCAGCCGAUAUUACCUUGAUCCCACCCAUUAUUACCUUGAUCCCACCCAUUAUUACCUUGAUCCCAACCAUUAUUACAUUGAUCCCAGCCGAUAUUACCUUGAUCCCACCCAUUAUUACCUUGAUCCCACCCAUUAUUACCUUGAUCCCAGCCGAUAUUACCUUGAUCCCACUCAUUAUUAUCUUGAUCCCAACCAUUAUUACCUUGAUCCCAGCCGAUAUUACCUUGAUCCCACCCAUUAUUACCUUGAUCCCAACCAUUAUUACCUUGAUCCCAGCCGAUAUUACCUUGAUCCCACUCAUUAUUAUCUUGAUCCCAACCAUUAUUACCUUGAUCCCAGCCGAUAUUACCUUGAUCCCACCCAUUAUUACCUUGAUCCCAACCAUUAUUACCUUGAUCCCAGCCGAUAUUACCUUGAUCCCACUCAUUAUUAUCUUGAUCCCAACCAUUAUUACCUUGAUCCCAGCCGAUAUUACCUUGAUCCCACCCAUUAUUACCUUGAUCCCAACCAUUAUUACCUUGAUCCCAGCCGAUAUUACCUUGAUCCCACUCAUUAUUAUCUUGAUCCCACCCAUUAUUACCUUGAUCCCACCCAUUAUUACCUUGAUCCCACCCAUUAUUACCUCGUCCCAGCCGAUAUUACCUUUAUACCACCCAUUAUUACCUUGAUCCCAGCCGACAUUACCUUGAUCCCAGCUGAUAUUACCUUGAUCCCACUCAUUAUUACCUUGAUCCCAGCCGACAUUACCUUGAUCCCAGCUGAUAUUACCUUGAUCCCAGCCAAUGUUCUCCUCACCUAGGAUCCUUUGAGCGGUAUGUCGAUGUCCUCGUCAAGGUUGGGUUCAGCACGAUAUCAUGGAGCUUGCCGGAUGAAGCAUUCUACCUGUACAACCCACCUGCCUAUGUUGAGUUUAUGUUCACAUCCACCACGAACUCGACCCCAACUAACCCAACGGUCACUGUUGACUGGGGAGAUGGCCUGCAGCCUAAAACCGAAAAUUUUGUACGUUUCGGAUCACCUGGAUACAGGUAAGGUCUGAGUCAUCUGGAUACAGGUAAGGUCAGGUUCACCUGGAUGCAAUCAUUAAGGUCAAUAUCACCUGGAUACAGGUAAGGUGGGGGUUGUAAAAUUGUUAAGUUCAUAGAAUCGUAUCAAGUUCCCAAAUUUCCCCACUAAAACCUUUUGAUGGGACUGCAUUUAAUCGCGCCAAGCAUGAACUUAAUAAAGCAACUCAAUGAAGUAACUCAUAAACUAACUCAAUAAAGGAACUCAAGGAAGUAAAUAAGUAAAGUAACUCAAUGAAGUAAAUCAGUAAAGUAACUCAAUGAAGUAAAUCAGUAAAGUAACUCAAUGAAGUGAAUCAGUAAAGUAAUUCAAUGAAGUAAAUCAGUAAAGUAACUCAAGGAAGUUAAUCAAAAAGUAACGCAAUGAAGUAAAUCAGUAAAGUAACUCAAUGAAGUAAAUCAGUAAAGUAAAUCAAUGAAGUAAAUCAGUAAAGUAACUCAAUGAAGUAAAUCAGUAAAGUAACUCAAUGAAGUAAAUCAGUAAAGUAACUCAAUGAAGUAAAUCGGUAAAGUAACUCAAUGAAAUAAUAUAAUGAAGUAACUCAAUGAAGUAACUCAGUGAUGUAACUCAUUAAGGAACUCAAUGAAGGAAUUUGAUUUUGUACUUUAGUGUACAGCCUUUAUGACAGAGUUUGCCAUGUUUGAUUUUGUACUUUAGUGUACAGCCUCUAUGACAGAGUUUGACAUUUUGAUCUUGUUUGAUUUUCACAUUUGAUCUCAUUUGGCAUCAUUUCCAUCUUGAGCUUGGAGACUAUCUUUGUGCAGUGUCUCUAUGACUCAAAGCUAUGUCUCUGGACAUAAAUGUCGCAUCUCUUAAUAAAUGUUACAUGUCCAAUUUUACUUUUUCAACUGUUACAUGUCCAAUUUUACUUUUUCAACUGUUACAUGUCCAAUUUUACUUUUUCAACUGUUACAUGUCCAAUUUUACUUUGUCAACAGUUACAUGUCCAAUUUUACUUUUUCAACUGUUACAUGUCCAAUUUUACUUUUUCAACUGUUACAUGUCCAAUUUUACUUUUUCAACUGUUACAUGUCCAAUUUUACUUUGUCAACAGUUACAUGUCCAAUUUUACUUUUUCAACUGUUACAUGUCCAAUUUUACUUUUUCAACUGUUACAUGUCCAAUUUUACUUUUUCAACUGUUACAUGUCCAAUUUUACUUUGUCAACAGUUACAUGUCCAAUUUUACUUUUUCAACUGUUACAUGUCCAAUUUUACUUUUUCAACUGUUACAUGUCCAAUUUUACUUUGUCAACAGUUACAUGUCCAAUGUUACUUUUUUGUCAACUGUUACAUGUCCAAUGCUACGUUUCCAGCCACCAGUUUGACGAUACCUUGGAUUACAUCAUCACGGUCACCAUGUCAAAUGUGCUUGGAUCAAGGACGUUCAAACACAAGGCCAUAGUAGUGGAGAAGCUGGUCGAACCAUUGAUAGACCUGGAGUUCCCCAGUGCACCCCUUGGAGAACCGUUCAACCUCACAUUCAAGCUCUUUCGUGGGGACCAGGACAACUACACAACUCUUCAUUGGGACCUAGGAGAUGGUUCAGCUGUGAGAAUCACUGACAGACACGGUAAGAUUGUAAACUUUGUCUUGUGUGAUAUCUAUUUACAGCUACUUUGAUUCACUUGUGAAAACUACUGAUAGACAGGGUGAGACUUAAACCUUCGUCUCAUGUGAGAACCACUGAGAAAGUAUGAUGAGUCGAUUAGGGAAGAACUAUUUGCCAUUAUUUAACAUUUGCACUUUAAUCACCCAUUACAUUACAAAUAAUGCCCUUCCAUCACCCAUUACUUUACAAAUGAUGUACUUCUGUCUCCAAGUACAUUACAACGAAUGCACUACCAUCUCCCAUUACAAUUCAAAUGAAGCAAUUCUGACUCUAAUUACAUUAUAUAUAAUGAAUGUCCAUAUCCAAAUACAUUACAAAUAAUGCACUUCCGUCUCCAAUUAAUUUACAAAUGAUGCAGUUCCAUCUCCCAUUACAUUACAAAUGAUGCACUUUAGUCUCCCAUUACAUUACAAUCGAUGAACUUCUAUUUCCUAUUUCAUUACAAAAUGAUGCACUUCCAUCUCCCAUCACAUUACAAAUGGUGCGCUUCUGUCUUGUACUACAUUACAAAGCUUUGAAGAAGCUCUUCUGUGUUACCAAGCUCAUCAAUACAUCUGUGGGUUGUUUCAGGUGAAGGUAAAUAUGCCGGUGACAACGAAACUGUCACAUACACCACCAAGCGAAUAGUAACUGUCAACGUGACAGCCACAGCUCCUUUAAACCAGACAGUUUCAGCCAGUAGAAGCUUUGACGUCAUUGAUCCUGUGUUAGACAGCUACGUCACUGUCACAGCUACACCAAGUGUCCCAUUGGGAAGUAAGUAA